GGAAACAGAGUUUGUGCCCGUUAGCCACGACGACCGACGUCGACACGACCAUCAUAAUCGCGCCGCUCCCACAUCCCAUCUUGCCGGCAUCCCUGAAUUCUCCCGUCCGCCCAUCAGAUCUCACCGCCGUCGUCGCCCCUGUUCGUCGCCAUAUGGUCUCAUCCCCAAUCUGAAGCAGCAGCCAUGUCAGCCGGCACCGCUACGCCGGGACUCGUCGUCACCGCCACCGAUUCCAUCCGCUCCUUCCUCUCCUCCGCCACCGGCUCCCCCGAUCUCUCCGACGACCUCCGGGACCUGGCCUCCGCCCUCUCCUCGGAGCCGGCCGUCCCCUACCGCUCCAUCCGCGCCAUCUGGUGCGCCGAUUGCUCCCGCGGCCGCCCACCUCUCAGACAACUCUUGCAAGGCGCUCAAUUCGUGCUGUCCAGCCCCAAGCCCCGCGAGAAGAGCGAUGAGCUCAAGGCGAGGCUGGAGAAGCUCCGGGAGAUGCAGGAGAGGAAGGAGUACGCCGAGCUCGUCAAGGACGUCGCACCUAAGGAGGAAAACACCGAGCCCUUCUCCUCUUACAAGGAUCAGCUAGGAUUCGGUCUGCAUGUUGUGGUCAUAAUGUUCACGGGUUAUUUGGUGGGAUUUGCUACUUUCAAAGCUCUGUUCAGCAACAGUCCUGUGAUGAGUGCUGCUGGAGGCAUCUUAGGAGUGGUGGGUGGCAUGCUGAUGGAAACAGUUCUUUUCAUCAUAAGAUCAUCCAGUAAAGAGCUGUCGUCCUCUGUUCCAAGAUCCAAGAAACUUCAGUAGACAAUGAUCCGAUUUGAUUUUUCACGUGUACUUUACCUUGCGAAACGGUAGUAUGUGAAGUUUUGGAUCGUUCAGAUGUAUGUAAGGAAACAUAGUUGAUUAUCAAAGGUAUUGAAUGGGAGAUUAUGUUUGCA